GGCUCUUUCUCAGGAUGAUCAAGAUGAUACCCAUUUAAAAAUAGAGGAUAUCAUUCAGAUGUCAGAUUGUCCAAAACCAGAGUGCUUUGAGACCUUGUCGGCCAUGGAGCUUGCAGAGCAAAUAACUCUUUUAGAUCACGUAGUUUUCCGAAGCAUACCGUAUGAAGAGUUUCUUGGGCAAGGCUGGAUGAAAGCGGAUAAAAAUGAGAGAACACCCUAUAUUAUGAAAACUAGUCAACAUUUUAAUGAUAUGAGUAACCUUGUUGCCUCCCAAAUCAUGAAUUAUGCUGAUAUCAGCUCCCGGGCUAACUCAAUUGAAAAGUGGGUAGCAGUAGCUGAUAUCUGUCGAUGUAUGCACAAUUACAAUGGUGUGUUGGAAAUCACGUCAGCCUUGAACAGAAGUGCAAUCUACAGACUUAAGAAAACUUGGGGUAAAGUAUCCAAACAGACAAAAGCUCUCAUGGACAAGCUUCAGAAGACUGUAUCAUCUGAAGGAAGAUUUAAAAAUCUUAGAGAAACACUCAAAAAUUGUAACCCACCUGCCGUUCCCUACCUUGGAAUGUACCUGACGGACCUGGCAUUCAUUGAAGAAGGAACACCAAACUUUACUGAGGAAGGCCUUGUCAAUUUUUCCAAAAUGAGAAUGAUCUCACAUAUCAUCAGGGAAAUACGCCAGUUCCAGCAGACCUCCUACCGCAUAGAGCAUCAGCAGAAGGUCACUCACUAUUUACUUGACAAGACACUCAUCAUAGACGAAGAUACCUUGUAUGAGCUUUCCUUAAAGAUUGAACCCCGACUCCCUGCCUGA